AUGUCCAGACUGCUGAAAAGAGAGUAUUGGUCGGAAGUCGCAGAUGGCUUCAAGUUGGCUGAUAGUGGCAAUAGAAUGACAGAAACACCAGUAGGUGGUACUACUUCAAAUCCUGAAUCAAGUUUUUUAUCAGAAAAGAACCGUUAUGAUUUUAAAGAGGAAACUACAUCUUUCUCAGAUGAUAGAUUCAAUAGCCAACAUUCCUACAAUCCUGGUUCUCCUGACGAUAUCAAAGAAGAUAUCCAUACUUCAAACAUGAACCAAGAUUUGAAUGUCAGACAUUUGAUUACUUUAGCAGUCGGUGGCGCUAUCGGUACUGGUCUAUUCGUCAACUCCGGUGCUUCUUUAAACACUGGUGGCCCUGCAUCUUUGGUGAUUGGUUGGACUAUCGUGUCUACAGCUUUAUUUACUGUGAUCAAUUCUUUAGGUGAAUUGGCUGCUGCGUACCCAGUGGUCGGUGGUUUUAACGUUUAUAUGACAAGAUUCGUGGACCCUUCAUUUGCAUUCUCUGUCAAUUUAAAUUAUUUAGUCCAAUGGCUGGUCUUAUUACCUUUAGAAUUAGUCGCUGCUUCUUUAACUAUUAGAUAUUGGGAUGAUACUAUCAACUCAGAUGCUUGGGUGGCAAUUUUUUAUACUCUAAUUCUAAUAGCAAACUUAUUAGAUGUUAAAUCUUUCGGUGAAACUGAAUUUAUAUUAUCUCUAGUCAAAAUUUUGGCAAUUAUUGGUUUCUUCAUUUUAGGUAUUGUUUUAACUUGUGGUGGUGGUCCAAAGGGUGGAUACAUCGGUGGUAAAUAUUGGCACGAUCCUGGUGCUUUUGUAGGUGAUAGUGCAGGUACUCAAUUUAAAGGUUUAUGUUCAGUUUUUGUUACCGCUGCUUUCUCUUAUGCUGGUAUUGAAAUGAUUGCCGUUUCUGCAGCUGAAAGUCAAAACCCAAGAAAGACCAUCCCAACAGCUGCAAAGAGAACAUUUUGGAUCAUUACUUUUUCCUACAUUACAAUUUUAACGUUGGUCGGUUGUUUAGUUGCAUACAACGACACUAGAUUAUUGAAUGGUUCAAGUUCUGUCGAUGUUGCUGCUUCCCCAUUAGUUAUCGCUAUUGAAAACGGUGGUAUCAAGGGAUUACCAUCUUUAAUGAAUGCAAUUAUUUUGAUUGCCAUUCUUUCAGUUGCAAACAGUGCCGUAUAUGCUUGUUCCAGAUGUAUGGUAUCUAUGGCUUUGAUUGGAAAUUUGCCAAAAGGUUUAAGUGUAGUUGAUAAAAGAGGUAGACCACUAAGGGCUAUAUUUACUACUCUAUUUUUUGGUUUACUAUCAUUUGUUGCUGCUUCUGAUAAACAAGAAGAAGUGUUUACUUGGUUGUCAGCUUUAUCAGGUUUAUCCACAAUUUUUUGCUGGAUGGGUAUUAACAUCGCUCACAUUCGUUUUAGACAAGCUAUGACUGUACAAAAUAGAAGUUUAGAUGAAAUGCCAUAUUUAUCCCAAACUGGUAUUUACGGUUCCUAUUACGGUACUGCUAUUCUAUUUUUAGUUCUAAUUGCUUCCUUCUGGACUUCUUUGUUCCCAUUAGGUGGUGACGGCGCUGAUGCUGAAGCUUUCUUCGAAGGUUAUUUAUCUUUCCCUAUCCUAAUAGCAUGUUACAUUGGUCAUAAACUUUAUUUCAAAAACUGGAGAAUAAUGACUCCACUAGAAGAAAUUGAUCUAUUAACCGGUAGAAAAGAAGUCGAUAUUGAUAUUUUAAAGGAAGAAUUAAAGAUAGAGAGAGAAGCUUUAAGACAAAGUUCUUUCAUGAAAAGAUUCCUAUUAAUUUGGUGUUAA